AGCACCCUCACCGCUCGAUCAUCCAAACAUGAGACGAUGAAUGGAGAACACGAAGAGCCUCACGGCUCUCAAAACGGAGAGGUCCAUCAGGACUGGCGGCCGUCGUCAUGGAAGACGAAACCCAUCAAGCAGCCGGUUGUCUACGAAGACCCGAACGUUGCAGGCAAGGCAUUGGCGCAGCUCCAACGCCUUCCUCCCCUCGUCACCCCCUACGAGAUCUGGAAGCUGAGACGAUCACUUCGUGAUGUGGCGCUUGGAAAGGCCUUCCUACUCCAGGGUGGCGACUGUGCCGAGCUCUUCGACUACUGCCACGACAAUGCCAUCGACUCCAAGAUCAAACUCCUGCUUCAAAUGUCGCUGGUCCUUAUCUGGGGCGGCAACAAGCCCGUGGUGCGCAUCGCUCGCAUGGCCGGACAGUACGCGAAACCCAGAAGUUCUCCCAUGGAAACGGUAGACGGCAAGCAAAUUCCCAGCUUCCGCGGCGACAUCCUCAACGGCUACCCUCCGGAUCAGAGGACGAUUGAUCCGAACCGCCUGGUACAAGCCUACUUCCACUCGGCGGCAACCCUCAACUACGUUCGAGCCCAGAUCAGUUCGGGCAUAGCAGACCUGCACAAUCCACUCGAAUGGGAGCUCGGACACGUGCGAGACCAGGGCAUGCAGACCAAGUACACGCGAAUUGUCGACAGCAUCACGGAGUCUCUCCGCUUCAUGCGUACCAUUGGCGCAGACACUGCCGGUCAAUUGCACACUGUCGACCUCUAUACCAGCCACGAAGGACUAUUAUUGGCAUACGAGGAGGCUCUGACGAGGAAGCUCAAGCACCCUCCCAAUCGCGACAGCUCCAUUUCAGGUGUACCUGAGGGGAGUCAUGUGCGCACGGGCGAAGGGUAUUAUAACACGAGCGCCCACUUCCUCUGGAUCGGUGACCGAACUCGACAACCAGAUCAUGCCCACAUCGAGUAUUUCCGGGGCAUCGAGAACCCCAUUGGGAUCAAAGUUGGGCCGACGACGAGCGUGCAGGAUCUGACGCAGCUCCUCGACAUUGUCAACCCACGGAAGGAAGUAGGCAAAGUCACGCUCAUCACACGAUAUGGCGAAGGCAAAGUCGACGAGCUGCUGCCCCAACACAUUGCCGCGGUGCGGGAGAGUGGUCACGUGGUGGUGUGGCAAUGUGAUCCCAUGCACGGCAACACUCGAUCUACGACAUCGGGAGUGAAGACUCGCUCCUUCGCCUCCAUCUUCUCCGAGCUGUCGUCGGCCUUGAGGAUCCACCAGCAAUGCGACUCGUUCCUGGGCGGCGUCCACCUCGAAUUGACCGGCGACGCGGUGACAGAGUGUACCGGCGGCAGCCAAGGGUUGCAAGACGAGGAUCUCGGCGCGCGAUAUGAGACGUUCUGUGAUCCUAGACUGAACGAAAAGCAGGCGAUGGAACUGGCGUUUUUGGUUGCUGGGAGUCAGCGUGGAAGUGAUGGAGUCUAAUAAUCAGUGGGCAAUCAUCGUGGGCGCAGUUUUGUCUCAAGGAUGGUAGUGAUAGGUCUUAAUGCAACUUUCGCACCAUCAUAUUCACUACGGUCCUUCUAUUCGAGUCCGUAAACUAUCGAUAAGCUCGAAGUGGAUCUCGCGUGC